GUAUCUUGGAAUCGCUUCGCUGGCUGGAUCUCUCGGCGACAACACAUGUAACGAAGUGCCUGGAUUAGUUCACGAGCAGCUACAAGUGUGCAAGGAUAACCCGCAGUCCUUGUUGUGCAUCAGUGAGGGCGCUAGACGUGGCAUUCUUGAGUGCCAGAGUCAGUUUCGCUUUGAGCGGUGGAAUUGUACCGCCGAGAGAAACUAUACUGUGUUUGGGUCGGUGCUGAAAAAAGACACUAGGACAGACUGUUCGUGCGAUAUGUCCAGGCAAGACACUGGGACAGACUGCUCGUGCGAUAUGUCCAGAUACGGAGAGGCAGACGUGGAUGGAUGGAAGUGGGGUGGAUGUAGUGACAACGUCAACUACGGUCUCUGGUUCAGCCGCACUUUUGUUGACGCCCCAGAGACCAGAACGACGUCGACCAGUGGCAACGUCAGGAGUCUCAUGAAUCUGCACAACAAUGAAGUGGGUCGACAGGCAGUAGAAACUUUGAUGUCCCGUCGAUGCAGAUGUCAUGGAGUUUCCGGUUCAUGCGCAGUCAAGACUUGCUGGCGGGGACUUCCGCCAUUCAGGGAUGUUGGUGAAUACCUCAAAAACAGUUAUGAAAGGUCUGUUAGGUUAGCUGGCCGCUCCAAGAGAAAACUACGUCGAAAGGAGCAGUCCAAACGACUUGAACCAAUCUCCUACAACGAGUUAGUACAUUUAAGCAAGUCGCCCAACUACUGCAACAAUAACCCUCAACGUGGGAUCCAUGGAACCGUAGGUCGAAUCUGCAAUCGGACGGCUCAAGGAGCAGAAAGCUGUGACCUUCUGUGCUGUGGGCGCGGCUACAACACUCAGGUGGUCAGAAACGUGGAGAGGUGUCACUGCAAGUUCCACUGGUGUUGUUUUGUUGAAUGCAAGACCUGCGAAACGCUAGUGGAUGUACACACGUGUAAAUAG